ACUACGAAGUGACGCCAGUGUUGAAUCAGACUGAGUAGGAAGUGUACGUGCGCGCUGGUCCAUCUCCCUAACACGUGUACAAUGAACACAUUACGUAUUUUUGACUUAAGGAAGGAAUGUAUGUGGAUACUCUUUGCAUACGCCACACUUGCUGGAGCCUUGGUGUGUCAAGUGAACGAGCCAUCAGAUAAGUCAGGCUCUGGUGAUGGCGAGAUGCAAGCGUCUUACAUUACAUGUCCUGGCCCCCGUGACCCCGCCAACCACACCGCCUGCUGCUACGGGGACGAUGACGGCCAGCCUGGUGACGAGGGAAUGCCCAAGUGCUGCCUGCCGCUGCCUCCUCCCCGUGGCCUCUUCUACAUCGAUGACCAGCUGGCAAUGAUCAUCGCCCUCAGCGUGACAACAGUGUGUGUCAUUUGCACGAUCAUCAUCAUCGUGUGCUGCUUCUGGUCCCGCUGUCCUCUCUUCACCGCCUGCAGGAUACGCUACCACCAGGACGACAUCAUAGCGUAUGCAUCAAAGGACGAGGAGACGGCUGGGCUGAAUGACAUGCCACCCGAGGAGACCAAGGGUGUCAACGUCUACUCGCCCAAUGCAGUCAAGGUCACCAUGAAGGACGACGUGUAGACCCCAGAGGUGUUUCACUAAGAGGCACAACAUGAAGCACAAUAUUAAUGCCCUCAGAAGCACAUGUUAUCAAUUAUGUUUUAUAUAUAUUUGCCACUUCUUUUAGUGCUUGGAUUUGUGUUAUAUUUUUGUAAUGAAGUGUUUAAGUUUACCUUUAUGAAGUUACUGUUUGCACAAACCUGCAGGCAUUGAUUGUAUUUUUUGUACUUCUGCACAAAUUUACACGAUUAUGGGCUUUGAUGAAUUUAAUAAUUGUCAGUAAUGUUGCAAAAUCAGUGAAUGCAUUUUAUAUGGGUCAGGUGGUAUUUUUUUUUUUAUUAUUUUAUUUUUUAUUUUUACAAUUUCUGCAGGCCGUUUUUAUAAAGUCGAGCCUUAUUACUUUGUGUGAAAAAUACCCAGUAAACAAGAAUAGUGAUGCUCUUUUGAGCAAUACAGUUUUUCAUUAAUAGGAGAGUGUUCAAGAGACACUAUUUUAAUUAUAUUAUUUUGUGCCAAAAUACGUAAACUAUAUUACAGUAUAUAAGGCAAGCUGCUGAGGCUUUCAUACUGAAGGGGUUAAGUAGAGAUCCAAGUUAAAACAUCAGAGCUUAUUAAAAAAGCUUAUUGAUGGGAAAGAAACUACAGUAAUAAUCUUAGGAUUAGAAAAUUGUCAAAAUUACAGUCUUUAUUCAUCUUGCUUAUUUUGUGCUUUAGGAAUGUUUUCAUGGUUAUCAGUGGAGAAGUGCAUCAAAGAGGGCAUGAUAAGAUGUAGGUAUUCCUGCCAGUAUUGAUAAGAACAGGAAUGAAGUAAUAAUGUCAGUUUGUUUAAUGGAAGUUUAAUGCCUUUUAUUGUUUGAUACCAAACUGCUUCCAGGCUGCUCAGAUAGGAAUAGGAAAGACAGUAGAUUUUUAUAUUACACAGUAACACUAACAAUUUAGCCUCAGAAUGUGGGAGUGAUUAAUAAGUAGUUAGUGAAGACAGUUGUGGCUCAGUUAAGGGGAAAUCUCUUAUCAGUUUAUCAACUAAGAGAAAAUAUCCUGCUUCAGUUUGGACUAAUUGCUUAGGAACCAGAUUAAAAGUUGUUUUGCCUCAUAAUUUAAAAAAAAUCUAUCAACAGAUAAAUGACAGUUUUUGCCUCAGUUUGAUUAAUCUUUUAAAGACAGGUUCGCAUGUACCAAUUUGCAACUGAAAUUGCAAGUCACUAGAAGUAUCGACUGAGCCCUUCUAGUUGGAAAACAUCACACAUAGUGACUGGAAAGUAUCACCUUGGCAGAAGUGAUUGUAAACGAAUAGCUACCCCACCUGCCAAGAUGUCUUCCUCCAGUGACGAUGCUGAAGAGCUGGUUGCUCUUGUUUUGGCGUACUGGAAGAGCCAACAGAAAAGAAAAUGCCUGUGGAUACGUCCCUGGCUAAGUAGAAGGAAGGAAAGGAGUGUCUACCACACACUAAUCUUAAGAAGACUAUGCACAAUUGCAAUCAAAUUAAAUCCUGACAAGUCUUCAAUCCUCACCUCCAAACAACACCCCGCAUUGAGGGAAACAGUUCUUGGAGAGUGGCAGCUAUUUUGUCGAAUGAUGAUUUGCGCAAGCUUUUUUUUUACUGUAUAAUUAAUUUCUGGAGUCCCAGAUCUGUUCUUUUUCCCUCACCAACUCUUAUCAUCUUUACACCUGGAGACCACAUUUCCAAAGCUUACUCAGAGAUGUCACAACAUAAAUUAAGUCACAAAUUGUCUGAACAAGACUAACAUGUUGGUCUUGUUAUGUGACUGAUUUCUCCAGUUGCUAGGCACCAAUAUUCAGUCAAAAACUUUACCGACUUGCAAUGUCAGUCGCAAAUUGGCUCGUGUGAACCUGCCUUUUGAAUCAAGUGAGGUAAUUUUGUUUAGAUUUACUGGUAAUUCCUUAAUGAAGAUUAGUAUAGUUUUCUAAAGUGUUUUAAUGAUGAUGUUCACAGUUUAACAAGUAUUCUAUAUCAUCACUGAGAAACUGAUAAGAACCUAACUUAUUAUAUCUAUGAAGUCAUCCUUAUUAAUGCACCAAGCAUUUCAAGGUCCAAGUCUUGGAUUUAGUGUCCCAAGUACUUGAAAUGUCACAAGUUUAUCAAGUCUCACAAUCAUCCAUAGGAUGAUUAUCGUAUAAAAAUGUGUUGUUUGAAUAACAUACAACAAGUUCAGAUUUAAAGAAUUACAUUCAACUGCAGAAUAUUUGCAUUAUCAAUGAUAUAUCAUUGAUAGUCUGGUUGGCUGAUGUAGUUUUGUCCAAAAUACCCUUCUCUUGUACAAGGAAGGUGAACUUACAAAAUGAGGCAGAGUUCCAGUGCUUGCAUGUUUAUUUAUAAUGGUGUCAUGUAAGUUUGUGAUGUGAUUGUGACUUGCCUAUGAUAUGACAUCCCAGAGUGUCAUAAUUUUCUCAGGACUGAGAACAAACCAUCAUUGCUGCUCACUAGACAGAAAAUGGUAGGAUCAGGUUUGUAUGGUACUUCUCCCUGGAGAUCUGAAGUACUGUAGCUCACUUGUAGUGCCUCCUCACUCCUCUUCCAUGAACUGCCUGGAGAUGUGCACUUGUAACAGUCUAUUUAUUUUUUUAUAAACUCUUUCUACAUUUUACUAUGAACAUCUCAUCAGCAGCAAGAGAAGACAUUUUUUUACAUCCUGAUAAUAGAUAGAAGGAUUACUUACUUGUGAAAUAGUUUUUUGUAUCCAGCAGUAUUUCAUCAGUGAUAAGUGAUUAGUAACUCCAAGUAGCAUUGGUGUGCUACCUAAGUACACUUCAUUCUCACUUUUGUGAACAGAGUCCAUCAGUGCAGUGUUUAUAGAUUAUGAGAGGAGAUACUCAUUCUCUCUCUCUCUCUCUCUCUCUCUCUCUCUCUCUCUCUCUCUCUCUCUCUCUCUCUCUCUC